ACCCGCAAAGGAAUGGAAGAAAUCAGUGAAUUUCCAUCAUGAAGCACUGUGAUAUCCCCUUCCUCCUCCUUCUGGCGCUUCUCGUGGCAAUCUCCCAAAACCUCGCUUGUGAAGAUUGCGUUUGUGGAUCCCAGUGUUUUCAAACUGAGAACUUACCACUCAUCCAAGCCUACGAGGAUGUGAAGAAGGUGAUCAAAGGUAUUCGUGUAGGAAACUUCCUUGCCUCCCCUGAACCCGAUAGCACAAUUAUUCACUUUGAUGGAACACACAACUCUUUCGAUGGAUUCUUGUACCAAAAGAAGUUGGCAGCCAUUGCCGCCCUCCAAGUGCCUGUUGAUCCAGGUUGCAAUCCCGGUCUCGUCAUCACCUAUUUCCAUUGGGGAUCUUUGGCUUGGCUUCCAAAUUUUUCAACUGGAUGCAUGGACAAAUGCCACACGGCCACCUACAUCAAUGAGUUCAUUCCCAACAUACCCACUCCAGCCAUACCUUUCAACCCUUUAUUCACUAGCUGCCUGUUGGCUUCCACUGUGGCAAAUUUGUAUUCCACGUGUUCCAUUAAUACCGUAUUGGGCUCUCAUCACAUUGCUUUCAUGAAUGACGACAUUCAAUCCGCCCCAACUCCGUGCUUCUUCAGUAACGCUCGAACUGCGGUUAAGAUGGCUCCCUUGGCAACUCCCGAACCUAAAUUUGAGAGCUCUCCCACGAACUCCAUCGAGGCCUUCAUGACCCCGGCUCGAUUGGAAGCUGCCGACAAGAUUUUGAGGUGCAUCGAAUCUGAAUGUUGCCAGGACAGAUCGGACCGGGCAAGUCUCAUCGAAUCCCAAGGGACCCUUCUCAUUCAGAAAAACAAUGAACACAAAGCCCAACACGUGGAUUUAGGAAAAAGCAGCAAAGGAACAGCUAUGCCCAUGAAAAGCAUUAUUAAAAGCGUCGUUUUGAGAGAGGAGUUGAACUUUAUAAAGGAGGAGCAUCCGGAAAUGGUUAAGCCAACUUUGGGGCUUUGGAAGAAAGGGAAGGAAUUGAAACUCGCCGUUGAGCAAGUAAAUUAUAAUAAUUGACUUUAAGCCUCAAACCGUGUGAUCCUUUUAUUUUCAAAAAAUACGUCCAAUUCACAACAUGAAAUAGAUUCAGUACUGCAAUGA